UUUUCUGUUGCUUUCCUUUUCUUUGUUUGGCAAAGUAAGUUUUGUGCUUUGACGGUUUUGUAGAUUUGGUGUGAAAAACAUUUUGCUGUGUUUUGCAUAGUAAAUAUUUGUGGAUUGAGUUAAUGAAUUAUUGGUCCUAUGGAAUUAUGAUUACAAAGCUUUGUAUAUGGAGAAUUUUAUUUAGGUCAGCAGUUAAUAAAAGCAUGUUUCCAAGCAAUACUUGACAGUGAUUUGUUUAACGUUCAUUUCAUACCAUUAGAAAAACGAAUUCAUUGUCAUGUACACUAAGGUGUAUGUUGUGGGAAAAAAAUAUUUUACCAGUUUGGGACUUGAACCCAAUUGGGGGGGACUCUAACCCACACCUUUUUUUUAAUUAUUAUUAUUAUUUUUUUUCCCCCUGGGACUUUAACCCGAUUUCUUCCUUUUAAUAACGCCAGUCUUUAUUCCGCAGGGUGAAAGGUUUAUCGGAUCCUUUACUAUUUUAGAUUUUAUAAUUUAGAAUUUGUAAAGUUAAUUUGUUAGCCUGAGUGAGUAUCCCACCUGAUAACAGUGGUUUUGAGUUCGUUGAUCCCAGCGCUGGAGCCGUGGAGCCGACCAACAGCCCUCUUCUCUCUCAAAUCCUAAAUGAAGUUUGAGGCUGGAGUCUAGUCCAGGUCGGCUCCUUAACGCUGUCCGUCGACGUCCUUGGAUGUCCAGUCGAGGGAUCCGGGUCACGACACCAAAUUGUUGUGAAAAAAAACUAUUUUACCAAGCACUGUCAGGUGAAAUCACUCAAUCAGGUUUAUUCAUAUAUUGUGCACAAUACAGAGAGCUUGUAGGAUAAUCAAUAAUGAAGAAGGUCUGGGUGAAAAAGCUCUGCCAGGCAGAGACAACACAUGAGUUUUAUACCAAGGUUAAGGAAUUCAAAAACAAGGGGCAAGACAGUCUGGUUCUGAUGAGGCUGUUGACAACAACUUAAAACCUUGUACAUGUAACCCAAAUAGUUCUUUUGGUGAGAGUUCACAGGCAUUUAAUGUAACAUGAUCAGCAGAUGUUAACUUGUAGUAAUUUUCUACCACAUUGUACCUACAGCAGAGUGUCAUGCAGAUGGAAGAAAGCACAUUCACAUAAAAAAAUAGAAAUUAGAGACAUUACAGUAAAAGAAAAUUUACAAUGUAAGAAAAAUACUCUUGUAACGGAUAGUACAUUAAAGUAAAUUAAGAAUUUUCUAAAUUAAGUAUGACGCAGAUUGUUUAUGGAUGUUUGUCUGUUUUGAUUAGCAUUUUUGUUUUUUGUUUGUUUUGUUUUGUUUGAUGGUAUUUGCACUUUGUAAUGUUUUGGGGGGGGGGGUUGUUGUACCUCUUGGGCUGCCGUAACUAAUGAGGGCAGGCCCUUUAAAAGCUGGUAGAAUCGUCGUGUCAAUCAAUGACUUGAACUGUCAAGCUGAAUAGCAUGAAGAAAUCAACACUUGGUGUUCCCCAGUGAAAGCAGCGAGUUUUCACGGUGACUGUGGUGAUUCUGAAUCACCCGAAGAAAAAUAAAAACGCUAAAUUCACCCGUCGAGACUGGCUGGUUAAUUCAACUGCUGGGGAGCUGCUACAGUGAAAACUCGAGGCUUCCGUGUGUCGCCUUUCAUUUGACGGUGAGACGCUUGAAUCGGACAUCGGCCGAGGUUUGGCGCUGCGUCGGAGUCAACGCCACCAUGAGGAGCUGUCUUCGUGGAGGAUCCAAGUUAGCAUCAGAAACUGAAUCUGACAUGACCACUGGCGCGGUGAGAAAUUGACUGAUCAAACAACGCGGAAAUAACUUGGAAACGACGUCACCUGAAUAUGUAUGAAAUUAAAUGAGUUCAAGGACUAUGUUUGGUCAAAUUAUAUGCCAAAUUACUUAUAAGGUAUGCAAUUUAAACAAAAAAGGGAAAAUAUUAGAAUGGUGUUUUUGUAACUAAAUGUUAAGUUUUGUGGGUUUAAUGUCACUGUAAGGUUUUAGAGUUAAGAUGUCACUGCCACGUGAAAAAGGACUUUCUGCUGAAGAUGUGUGCACUGAAGAAAAGCCUAAAGGACAAUAGUUGGUUACAGGUCCUCGCACAAGAAAGUUAACUGAAAAGGGAGAGCAGUACAGAGAAGCAGAGUCUACAAAACAGAUAAAAGCAUUUCUUAAAUCUUAUGCAUCCUGGAAACAAAUUGCUAGAGAAGCCAGGAAGAAAUUAAAGGGUUUUUGCUCUCAGGAAAAUCUGGAUGAAAUAAAUCAGCAGAUAAAAAACAGUCUUGAUAAAGUGAAACAGAAUUAUGAGUUUCUUCAAUGUAAUUCUUUAAAUACUCCAGAUAUUGUGCAGAAACUAGAUGCCUGUACUAUACCAACAAAUGAGAUUUAUGAUCUUGUGUGUAAACGUUUAGAAGGGGGUAUUGUUGAAGAAAAAUUUAAUCAAGAAAUUGAAAAGGAAAUGGUGCAAGAAGUCUUAAAUACAGACGAAUAUCAGUCUGUUUUUGGAGAAAUUUCUACUGAAUGUUCUUGUACAUGUGGUUCAUCAAUUACCAGAUCCAAAGUUUCUCAAGGGUGUGUAAUGGCAGAAGCUGAUCUUGCGGCUAAAAGGGUACAAGUUAAAUCCAUGUUGGAGAUUGAAGCUCAACAUGCGAGAGUCAGUAAGCUUGAAUGUGACUGGAAGCGUCAUGAGUCCCAGAUUAUGGCAGAAAGAAGCUGAAGUGCUACAGCAGCUUGAUGAGAAGAGCAAGUUAAAGGUAAUGCAAACAGAUAUGGAAGUUAAAAUGGCUGCAGCUCGGCUUGAUGUUUAUAGCAGACUUGAAGAUGGGGUAGAAGGGGAAAAUCUUGAUUUUAAGCCUGAGGUUAAAUCAGUGCAAAUUUUAAAACACCCUAGAAAGUCAGCUGCAAGGGCUGCAUCAAUUCUACCACCUCAAGCUUGCUCUGAGAUUUCUGCAGUAAACGUGGCUGAAGCCUUAACGAGCUCAUUGAGUUUAAGUUGCCUUCCUGUUCCUGAACCUGCCAUAUUCUCAGGUGACCCUUUGAAAUUUGUGGACUUUAAGAUAUCAUUUACAACUUUAAUUGAUUCAAAAUCCAUCUCUGUUGGGGAAAAAAUGUUGUAUUUGAAAAGUUAUCUCUCUGGAGAAGCCCGAAAGGCUGUGGAAGGUUUCUUUUACAGAAGCUCUGAGGACGCAUAUGAGGGUGCUUGGUCAGUUCUACAGGACAGAUAUGGAAACCCAUUUGUAAUUCAGAAAGCAUUUAGGGAUAAACUUAUGUUAUGGCCAAAGAUUGCACCAAAUGAUCCAUUAUCUCUCAGAUUUUGCUGACUUUUUGAAAAGUUGUGAAGAGGCUAUGCCUCAAGUAAUAGGACUGUCCAUCUUAAAUGAUUGUGAAGAAAAUCAUAAGAUGUUGAAGAAAUUACCAGACUGGGUUGUACGUAAAUGGAGUAGAGUUGUUGUUGAAGUGCUUGAUGCGUGUGGAGAAUAUCCAUCUUUUGAAUCUUUUUCUAGAUUUAUACAAAAGGAAGCACGUAUAGCAUGUAAUCCUAUUGCGUCUCCAUUUUUGUUAAAGUCUAAAACUUCUUCAAAUGAUCUUUCCAGGAAAGCCAAAGCUUUUAAUACCAGUACGGAGUUCAAGAAACUGGUCAUGUUCUGAAAUCUAAACUGCCUUGCUUGGUUUGUACAGACAUAUCACACAGUGUUGCUAAAUGUCCCAAAUUUGCAGUAAAAUCAAUGGAAGACAAAAGAUCAUUUAUAUAUCAGAACCAUCUUUGUUUUGGAUGUUUAAGGAAAGGCCAUUUAUUGAAAGAUUGUAAACGCGGCAUGUUUGUGGAGAGUGUAGACGACGUCCUCCUACUUGUUUACACAAGGACAGAGUGAGAUGUCGGGAUGUUGGUCAGCAGUGUUCAAUCUCUCCGGAAGAAACACCUCAGGUUUCUCACAGUGUUUUAUCUUAUGCACUCACCCGAAACAUUUCUGCCACAUCAAGUAUUAUUCCAGUUUUUCUGUCCUCUGUGAAGGAUCCUGGGAAAGAAAUACUUACUUAUGCACUCCUUGAUACUCAGAGUGACUCCUCCUUUGUUUUAGAAGAUCUUGUGAAAAACUUGACUGUUGAAACCAAACCAGUACAGCUAAAACUUAGUACCAUGGUUUCUGUUGAUACACCUGUUUCUAGUCAAAAUGUGUAUGACUUACAAGUUCGGAGUUUUUUCUCUGAUAAUUAUAUACGGUUGCGGCAAGCAUACACUCGUGACUUCAUUCCUGUUGAUACAUCUUGCAUACCAAGUAGAAGUACAGCAUUACAGUGGCCUCACCUUAAACAUCUGGCUGGCAAAAUGCCUGCUUUACAAGACUGUGAAGUAGGUUUACUCAUUGGUUUUGACUGUCCUUCUGCUUUGGCUCCCUUGGAAGUUGUUGUUGGUGGGGAAAAUGAACCUUUUUCUCAGAGGACUGCUCUUGGUUGGAGUAUUAUCGGGGCAGCCAAUCCACAUGUAGAUCGGCAAGGUAACCAAAGAUUUGUACAUAGAGUGAUGGUGAAAGAAAUGCCCGCUCCAUUGGCUUCUGAUGUUUUAAGAGUUUUGGAGUUGGAUUUCAAUGAAAAGGGUCCAGAAGGAAAAUGUGUUUCCCAAGAUGACAUUCGGUUUAUACAACUUCUGAGUGAAAAUAUUACACAGAAAGAUGAUGGCCAUUUGGAGAUGCCCCUUCCAUUUAAAACACCCUGCCUUCCUGUGUUGUCAAAUAAUAAGAGGCUGGCUAUUGUUCGUUUACAACAUCUAAAGAGAAGGUUAAAAAGAAAUUAUCAGUUCAACAAUCAUUAUAAAACAUUUAUGGAGUCAAUCAUUAGCUGUGGUGAUGCUGAACUAGCUCCUGAGACAAACAUCAAUGAUGGUUGUGUGUGGUACUUGCCUCAUCAUGGGGUGUAUCAUUCAAAGAAACCAGAUAAGUUACGAGUAGUGUUUGACUGCUCAGCUAAAUUUUGUGGUACCUCUUUGUAUGACACUUUGUUGACUGGUCCAGAUUUGAUUAACUCUUUAAUUGGAAUCCUUCUGCGUUUCAGAAAAGAAGCUGUUGCUAUUAUUUGUGACAUAGAAAGGAUGUUCCACCAGUUUUAUGUUUCAUCAAAGCAUCGUUGUUACCUCAGGUUUCUAUGGUGGGAGCAAGGAGAUUUGGAGAGCGAGCCUAAAGAAUUUCAGAUGAAAGUCCACCUUUUUGGUGCUGCCUCCUCUCCAGGCUGUGCUAAUUUUGGUCUAAAAUAGUUGGCACAUCAGCAGAGACCAAAGUUUCCAUCUGCAGCAGCAUUUGUGGAGAAUAAUUUUUAUGUUGAUAAGUGUCCCUACAACUAAUGAUGCCACCACACUAAUAACUGAAGCGCAGAAACUGUGCAAAGAAGGUGGUUUGAGACUCCACAAAUUUAAUUCCAAUAGGUCUGAAGUUCUAGAUUGUGUGAAUCCAUCUGAGAGAGCCACAAGUGUGGUUUCUGCUGAUCUCAAGCCUGAUUUAACACUUACUGAACAUACCCUAGGUAUGCGAUGGCAUGUCAAAAGUGACUGUUUGGGCUUUCACAUUGAUCUGAGGGACAAAUCGGAUACACGCCGUGGUAUUUUGUCAGUAAUAGCAUCUCUAUAUGAUCCGCUGGGAUUUAUUUCACCAUUCAUUAUGAAUGGGAAAUAUAUUUUUACAAGAUCUGUGCCACAGAAGUAUUGGAUGGGAUGACCCUCUGCCUGAAGACUUACUUGUACGGUGGGAGAAGUGGAAGUUUAGCCUUCAGGAUGUGAAAGGGUUAAUGAUACAAAGAUGUUAUCAUCCCCAAGGAUUUGGAAAAAUUGUUAAAACAGAACUACAUCACUUCUCAAAUGCUAGCAGCCUAGCAUAUGGUGCAUGCUCUUACCUCAGAUUUGAGAAUGACAAAGGUGAAACUCAUUGUGUUUUAAUCAUGGCUAAAGCCAGAGUUGCUCCUUUGAAAAUUACAACCAUUCCUCGUCUCGAGCUUACAGCUGCAGUGGUUGCUACUAGGUUGAGCGUUCUGUUAAAAUCAGAACUUGAUAUGAAGAUAGACACAGAGUUUUUCUGGACAGAUUCACAAGUAGUGUUAUAUAUUAAUAAUGAAGUGCGACGGUUUCAUGUAUUUGUGGCAAAUUGGGUCCAGAUAAUUAGAGCAAAUCCAAAUCAAUGGAAUCAUGUUGACACCACUGAAAAUCCAGCAGAUCAUGCAUCAAGAGGGUUAUGUGCCUCAGAGAUUUUAACUACAAAUUGGCUAACAGGUCCUGAGUUUUUGUGGGUGGAAGAGAGAAUACCUCCAGAAUAUUUCCAUUAGACAAAAAUGGCAUGUAAUUUGGCGCAAUCUAAAAGUAAAUGAUGUUGUAAUUGUUAAAGAAGAUUUUCUCCCAAGAAAUAGGUGGCAGUUGGGUCGUGUUGUGGAAACAAUGGUUGAUAGUGACAGCUUAGUUCGAAAAGUGAAGUUGAGAACAGGAGAACAAAGAUCAGGAAGGGAUUUUAUCUCUAAGAGUUCAGUGAUAGAAAGACCAGUGCAAAAAUUGGUGGUGUUAUUAGAAAGUGACUUGUACACAGACAAGCAUGUUUUAAACAAUCUGCAUGGUUUAAGGGAAAUUUUGAAAUGACGCAUGAUUUUUUGGUAAUAGUUCAUGCAUUAUUGGUGGGAGUGUAACGGAUGGUACAUUAAAUUAAAUUAAGAAUUUUCUAAAUUAAGUAUGACGAUAAUUGUUUAUGGAUGUUUGUCUGUUUUGAUUAGCAUUUUUGUUGUUUUUCUUUGUUUUGUUUGGUAUUUGCACUUUGUAAUGUUUUGGGGGUUUUUUUUGUUGUACCUCUUGGGCUGCCGUAACUAAUGAGGGCAGGCCCUUUAAAAGCUGGUAGAAUCGUCGUGUCAAUCAAUGACUUGAACUGUCAAGCUGAAUAGCAUGAAGAAAUCAACACUUAGUGUUCCCCAGUGAAAGCAGCGAGGUACGUUUUGUUGUUUGUAUUAUAAGUUUAUGUUUGUAUUUUAAUAUUUGUAUAUGUUUUAGUUUUCAUGGUGACUGUGGUGAUUCUGAAUCACCCGACGAAAAUAAAAACGCUAAAUUCACCCGUC